CAUUCGUUUUCACCGCUGGGAGACGCUUUCACGUCUUUAACACACACCAAUAGGCCUACUAGGCCUACUUCCAGUAUUUCAUAACACCUUUCGAAUGCUUUGGUAUUUGUUGCCCUAAUAGCCUACAGCAAAAGAUGACAGGUAAUAUAAUGCAGAAAUAAAAUACGAAAGCAUUGGCCUACCACUAUUUAUCUUUUGUUGUGACGAACGUGCAGAAACAUGGGAAAGGUGGACGAGGAAAAAGCUUCCAUGGCAGAGUCCUUCAUGAAUUUCCAAAUCGAACUGAAAAGAAAAGAAAUCCAGGAAUUUAAUGACGAUGUCGUCCUGCUUGAAGCAAGGAAACAGAAACUUAUUGAAUUGAGGGAUCAAAUACUACAGGAACAGAAAGGUCACAUCACGGUGUUGCGCCAACAAGCCAAAGAGCAACAGCGAAACCUUGAGCAGAAAGGAGAGGCCCACAAGGAACAGGUCGAGGAGGCCCUUCGCCACAAUCAGGAGUUGAGCCGUAACAAGACAAGGGAACUUCAUGAAUUAAACCAAACCCUCAGGAAUCUGAACGACCAGGAGAUACUGACGCGAGACGAGAUGAACAUUUGGCAACAGUAUAAGAACAUUGGAAGGCACAGGGAUGAAGAGCAAAUAAAAAAGCUUCAAGAUGAACUCUCUGAGUUACAAAGUGGAUUUGAUGAGAUGUCAGAAAAUAUUCACAGAUCCUUAGAGGUGACGUUCAGUGAAAUUGAUAAGAAAAAAUUUCAAUCGCUGGAUAUGAAGAAAAAUCUCGCUACCGAGAGAGCAAUUAAACACCUUGACAAGAAAUCAGGACAGGAGGUGAAAGAGAAUGCUUGGCUCCUGAAGGAGGUUGCUCUAUUCAAGGUGGAAGUUUCUGACUUGGAGGAAGCCGUGCAGAAAAUGGAAGAAGAAAAUAUAAAGCUUUCAGCAGAAGUCCAAGCACAGAAGUUGGAGGACCUACAGAUAUCAGCGAAUUUCUUCCUCACCCAAUCAGUGGGACGUGAAUCAGAAGAGUCUCAUACGCUGGAGGGGACCUUAGGGGAAUUUGAAUUCAACAUGCCAACAGGAGAGGACACCCAUGGUCACCUGGCAGUGGUCCAGGCAGCGCAAGGAGGUGGCGUUGGCAAGGAGGUUGUGAACCGCAAGACUCAGGCCACCAGGGGGCAGACUGCAGAGGGUUACACAGGUCACGGAAUCACCAGGUACCGCUGUGCAACUGAGGAUCGACAAACCGCCAGGACACAGGACAUCAAUGGGCUACUUUACGAUACCCACACCAACUUCGAAGAUAGCAUGCACCUGGGCUCUCUGGCAAAGAAGCUGCUAAGUGUGGUGGGCCAGGCGGCUCCGAUACACACUGUGUCCUCUGAGAUGCACCAAUGACUCCACUCCACUCCCUCCUCCUCCUCCAUUGGCCCUUUACGACUGACCACCAGGCCACACGGGACAGGAGACGACAGCAACCACCUCCCCACCAACCCCAUCCCCCCGGAACAGGUUUCAAUAGCUUUCAGCAGCCCAGCUGCCUGGACAAAAUGAAAAGAGCCUUUGAAACGUAUGUUUGGCCAAAAAACAAAAGCCUUAAAAUUUAAAUUGAAAAUGCACUACAUUUCACUCUUAUUUGAUAUGAUGGCACUGUGGGAAUGCAUGAUUGUAAAUAAAGGCAUGUGCAAGACGA